AUGCAAGACAACUGCCCGGCGCAGUUAGUGCUAGCUAAAGCGAGAAGGAAGAAUCAACUCCAAUCAAAAGAGAAUCACAAUGUGACAGUGCAAAGGCAAGCACUUUUUCGCUUACUGCACAUAUCUGAUUCUCCCAAGGGACCAGAUGCACUCUUGCUUCUAAAAUCCCUGCAGAGUACAUGUCUGACAGCUACCCAGCUCAGCAGUCUUCUUCGCUCAGAUCUGGGAUCCAGGACAGGAUACAGGGACCCCGAGAUCUGCCCAAUUGGAGCGGGACCACCACCCAGCGAACCCCCCCGCCCGGGGAGCUGCUCACAGGCGGGCUGCGGCCCCCUUCCCGCGGCCCCCGCCCCACACAUACACAGGCACGUACCGGCCGCUCCGCGGGGACGUAGGGAGCCGCAGGCCCGAGGAGGGGCCGCCGCUGCCUCCGAGCCCGCCCCUCCGCCCCCGCGCGGCCUGUCACCGCGCCCCCCCCCCCGGUCGGGGGAGGCCGCGGGCCCCCGGGGGCCGGAGGGGCGCGCGAGGAGUGUGGUGCGGGCCGAGUCUCUCCUUCACAUGGAGCCCGCGCCGGGCGGGAUGGCGGGCGCGUGGAACGUCGCGGCCGACCGGGGCCUCUCGGCGCCCUUAGGUACUUCUCGCCGCCGCGGCCCCGAGGCCCGCGCGAAGCUGGGCUGGAAAGGAGGAAGCCGUGGGCCGGGCGCCGCCAGAGGCCGGAGAAGGGGCGGGAGCGGCGACUCCGCGGCUGGAAGUGCCCGGCUCCCGAUCGUCGUCCUAAUCGUGGUUGUCGCCGCACGCCGCGCGACCCCUGAACGCCGCACCCAGCGACCGCACCACCUUCGUCAGGCGUCGCCGUUGAGGGCAGCCGGGCCGCCACUACACACGGACCCGUGACGUCGGGCGUAGCGCGGCGCACGUCACGGCCGGCUCGCUCCUGCGCGCACAACCCUCCGCCCGCCGGGAACGGAACCCGCCGCGGGCGCGCGCCCAGCCUACAGCGCCGCGCGGAGGCCAAGGGGAGCGUGCCCGCGCCUGCGCACUGGCUGGCUGCGCCCACGCACGCUCCGCUGCCCCCACCCGUUAGGCAUUGCGGGGAUUCCCAGUCCGGGUCAGCCCCAGCGCCAGCCCCGCCCCUAGAUCACCGCCGCCUUCUCCGAGCGGGGUGCGCCGCGCACGCGCAGGCGCACGCGCGCCGUCAUCCUCCGCCUCCGGGAGUCCUCGGCGCCCGAGACUUCCAAGCAAACCCGGGCGAGGGUUUCCUGCGUGGGCUUUGAGCCAGGCGCUGAGCGGCAGAGCAAGGAGAGGCUGCGACCGACUCAGUCUGUGGCAUGUCGUUUGCAGGCGAAAAGCCAUCUGCCUCUUAAUUUUCGGACUUCACUGCAGAAUUGUUUUCUGAAGCACUUUAGAUGUUACUGUCGGCUUGUUAGCUAACUGUAAACCACCACCACCACCACCACCCCCUUCCCGGAGAUCGGCCUUUUAAGUUUUACAGCUGUUCUCUGUUUAGUUCCUGUCACCGUUCUAGGGUCGGCCCAGCAAAUACUACUUCCCCAGUUUUAACAGAUGUGGAAACAACCCAGAGAGAUGAAUUGACACUCACCCCUAGAUCAAGUGGCAGAAUCUGAAACCUAACUCUCUUUCACUGAAUCCUUCCCUCGUUCCCCAUCGCCCACAGGAUAAAACAAAUUAAUCGCGAGUGAAUAACCUGUAUGUAUUCCGACUGAUUUUAGCCUACGCCACCCUAAACCAGAAAGCAUCUUUUCCACCCCCUCUCUUCUUUCUCAAGUACCCCUUAACAACUUCCUGUGCCUUUUUUUUUUUUUUUUUUUUUAAACCUCGCUCUGCAUCUACUUGGCUUCUGGGUACAUUAUGGAGUCCACCUCCUUCCUGCCUAUUCCAGACCACAUUUCCACUCCCGGAGAGAGAUGGGAGCUGCACCCGCCAGGCCCAGAGAUCAUCUUGAAGAAGGAGAACAAGGGGGCCAUGCAAAGAACUGGUGGAAGCAGAACCCCCAUCCUGGUCUGAACCACAGGACUCUGUACUUUCACAUAAGAAAGGGAUCCUGCUUUCUGAAUACCAUUCUUCAGUGUAACAAACCGGGGCUCCUAGAGAUUCUAGGGCUAUGGCAGGAAAAGUCCCCAAUGAGCCUGGAACAUGUUGUGCCAAGCAGUAAGGAAGUGCUCAAAGAAGGAUGGAGAUACAUCAAAGAACACAGGGGCCAACUCAGAGGAGCUCUCUACAGCCAAACCUGGUACAACUUGAGCGAAAAAUAGUAAUAAUGGAUUAUAACCCACAGAAUGAAAUAAAAAUUCAAGACACUAUCCCUAAAGCUAUAAAAAUAAUGGACUAGGAGAUGCCAAGUGACAUGUGUGCAUUUUUUAUUACUGUGUACUUCUGGCGACUAUAGUUUGAAAUACUAUUUUUUACCAAGUUUUAUAAAAAUGCAGAAUUUUGUUUACUUUUUUUUAAAGCUAUGUUGUUAGCACGCAGAACACGUCAUUGUUGUUUUGGGGGAAAGGCUUAUGUCACUAAUAAAUACCUCCAAAAUUAGAUUGAUACAGGAAGAAAAACACUUUUCCCUUUUAGUUUUGAGAAACUUCCUCUUGGUUCCUGGGAGGAGGGAUUCCUUGAUGUUGACACAUGUAAGCCACCUUGGCACAGACGCCUUGUGGUGUGGAAAAACUAAAAUUCAUUUUUUAUGCCCUCUUCCCCCUCUCCACCUUCAACUUCAAUGGGACCCCAAGCAAUGAUUCCCAGUGUGUCAGGCAAUCUGGACUUUCCAGUGUUACCAUGGAGAUGGUAUCCAUUAAAAGAGUUCCUUUUUUAGUUUGUGGGUUUUAAGAUUGAUAAUUCUGUCAUUUUCAUUUCAUUUCCUGAAAGUCGGGGUCGGCUUGUGAAAAGUUGUUAAACAACAUGCUAGAUGUGAAAUGUCAGCCCUCACUCUGAUGUUCAGAGCACCAGAUGAAGACUUCACAGGGUUGCAGAGAGGCGUUCUGAUUUGGGUAGUCCAUUGAAGAAGGGAGUCUGAAUGUUGUAUGCUGUUAAUGACUGUCUCCCCACAUCCUGCCUGAAAUACCAUGAUUGUUUAUGAAAAGUGUCUUUAAUAAAGCUGGAUACAGUUUGGCUUGCAAUUAAAAAAAUAAUAAUAA